AUGAUCAUGGGUCCCUUUACGGGCGUUUCGUCAAGAAUCACGAGCAAUCGACCAAGCGGAGCAAGCAGCGCAGUCCACGAUAUCAUGAAGAAGCGCGACAAGCCGUUUAAGACGGAGACUGAACGAGUCGUUGCUAAGAAGAGAAAGCUACACAUUCGCACCGCAUACAAGCAAGCCGUCCCACAAGGAUACAAGUUUCUACCCGUCGGCACACCUGAUCUGGCCGAGCGCUGCAAAGAGAUCUCGCGACAGAAGGGCUGCGAUGUCAAUGUCGUCAAUUCUAAACCUGCGACCAAGAAUGCAGAAGAUCCUGGUAAAGUUUCCCAUCACAUUGCCCGCAUAGGCUAUCAUUUUCGCUCAGAUAUCCUUGACGACGCCUGCCAGCAACUUGGUUACAUCUACUACCAUGGCGAGCUAGUUAAGGCAGCAGAACUAGAAGCCCAGCAGAAGGCUGCCCAACAGCAGAGCAUCUUGGCACAAACACUUGCUAAGUACGGCGUCGAUCCCAGCACAAUGGUGAAAGGCCAGGGACAUGAGGAUCCCAUCAGUGUCAAAGCAGCCAUCAAAGAGCUCUUUCCAAGGAUGCCCAGCUAUGACCUGGAGCAGAUUAUGCUCCACGCCUGGAAGAAGGGCAGUCGCCGUGUUGGGCUCAACAGCCAACUGGAUCUGCCUCGACGGGUACAGCUUGCAACCAUCGCCCGUAUUCGACAUGAGUACACAGACUACGAUCGUCUGCUACGAGCUUUCACGUGGUUCGAAGCGCGGGCGAUAGUCGAGCCGGACUGUCUGAGGAAGCUAAUCGAAUGGCGUGGUGAAACCGAGAAGGAAGACGAUGACCAAUUCGAAGAGAUCGUGCGUGAGACUAUCAUCAUCGAUGAUGAUGACGAUGAUGAUGACGAUGCAGAUUCUGUCACAGACCUUGACGCUGGUGAUACAAGCGAUGCGAGUGUGGAAAUUACUCAUCACGUCGUUGCUGACAUGGACUUUGGUGCAGAGAGCCACGAUGACCGACCACAUCGAAGAGUCGCACCUUAUCGCGCUCCCGUCCAGAGCCUUGAUCAGCGCAAUUUGCUGAAGCAGAAGAUUGGUAAUGCAAGGCAACAGCUUCGCGCUGGCGUGCCGAGCAGUCAUGGCCCUCAGCCGGCUGUCCACACGCCAAUACCUCCACAGAAUCAGAAUGAGGUUGUUCGUGUGGUAGUACAGCCUGACCAGUUUGGAACUUAUCCAUCCGAAGUCAUGGUGGGCGGUCAGCGUAUGCUUGUAGGACGGCCUCAGCCAUCGACGCCCAUCGCUCAGCCGCAUCUGUAUCAGCAGCCACCACAAACCCCUCCAGUAUAUGGCUACACACAUGCUGCAGCAGUGCCACAUCUGUCGACACACUCUGGCUAUGCACACCCAGCACCCACGAUUCGACAAGACAAUCAAGAAUUGUAUAAUCGGCCAGUACCUUCUAUCGAGAUUGAUGACAGCGCGCGUAGGACGGCAUUGAGCUCGCAACAGAUCUUCCGACCUGUGACGCCUGAUCAAGAACAUAUCAAGCGCCGGCGCGUGGAUGACCACCAGCCGAAUCGCAGCAUGGAGCACAUCGAUUUAACGAACGAACCUGAUUUACAUGAUCAGCGCCGCUUGCCAGCACAGCCGGAGAUCAUGGAUCUGAUCUCACCAGUUCGCAACAGCUACGUGAGUCACCGCAGUCCGUUUACGUAUGAUGCCAGAUCCGCCCAGAACGGCCAGGUGCAGCCUCAAAAGCCCAACAUUAUGUGGCCUGUCCCGAUACCACCACCUGGACCUGCUUCUGCACCCACUCACUACUCACACCAAUACGGCCACGCACGCCAGCCUAACGUGCAAUAUACUCAGCAAGUCAGUCCCGCAUAUCCUGUUCACGGCGCGCCUGCUCGUGUACAGCAAGCACCGAUUACUAGACCGCCGCCCUCGGCUCAUCUAGCUCAUCAACCUUUACACAACACGCCACACCCGGUUCAGUAUGCGAGCCAGAGCGGGAUUGUGAAUGCUCAGCCUCAGGAGCAGUAUCAUGCUGUUCACGAGCUCUCUUAUAGACAACCGCCGAGCCAAAAUGGCUCUAAUCAUAACCCAUUAACGGGACACUAUCAGCAACAGGAUCGCUAUUACCAUCGUUGA